AUGCGGAGUGCAUUUCGCUCGAACCACACCGAAUUGGAUCCCUCGAAGAUCGCCAACACCCUACUCUUUUUGGAACGAGCCACCGAUGUCCGCGGUCUAGAACACAAAAUUGUGAAGAACUUGAUGUUGGCGAGGUACUGGGAACAACCCCAUAUUGCCAGAGAGUCACGCGUAUUAAAGGUCCUAGGUCUCGGCAAAGCAGAGGACCGAUUACGCAAAAAUGCUUAUGAGCAUUAUAAUCUGACCCUCGAACGCCUGAACGAGAGCCUGGGGACAUGCCUGAAGUGA